AUGAGCUUUACUAACGUUAAAAAUUUGGAGAAUAUCGGCCUUCAAACUAUCUGCAUUGAUGCUUCAGGAGAAGAUACUGAAAAUAUUUACGUUUGUGAUGCUGAACGAAAUGUACUCAAGAUCAAUAAGAACGUGUUGCUGCAAGAUGAAAAACCUGAAAUAAUCGAGAUUCCCGAUGCGACAACAUCAUCUAUUGCUUGGUAUGGAGAAAACAUCUGUUUUGGUUACCGCAAGGUGGAUUUCAUUGUUGGAUCCGAGCAGCAAAUGGUGGGACGGGCGAAAAAGGGCAAUUUCGAAGCAGGAGAUAUUAUUGAUCCUCUUGAAUUCCAAAUGGAUGUCACAACGGUCGACGCAAACAGGGAAAAUGUUAUUGGAGGAUCUAGCGAUUAUGCGGUUAAAUGCACGAAUAUGAAAGAUUUAGAUGCAGAGCUGAAAACGAGAAGUCUUGAAGCUGAAGUUCUUUGUGUCAAACUGGAUCCAAAAAAUGAAUUUGUGGCCGUUUCUACUGUGGAUGGCAAUGUGACUAUUAUAGACAUUGAUUCAUUCUCGAUUAAACACACACUGACCAAGGUUUUCCCAAGAUUUGAAACAAUUGAUGUUUCACGACCUCGUAUUCAACUCUCAUGGUCAAAGGAUGGUCAAUGGCUGUUUGUUCCUUCAAAAGGAUGUGUGAAAUCGUACCGUCGAAAUGGGUGGGAAGAAUCUGGUGUAUACCGUUUGAAAGAUCAUGCUUCUGUGGAUUUUUCGGUUACUGCGCUUUCGCCGUGUGGGAAGUAUCUUGCCUCCUCAACCAUGGAUAAUCAAAUUGCUGUUUGGAAUAGUGAUGAAUUAGAUAUUGUGUGUUGUGAAAAAUUCGUGAGAAAUGCACCUGGUAUCACUAUCAUCACUUCUAUUGUUUUUUCUCCAUUCUCCCCAAAAAAAUUGAUUGUCGCUGAUUCAAAUAGAGGAAUCUGUUUGUUUAAUGUCUUCAAAGAUGAUUCAUCUAACGAGAAGCCUGUUUCAAACAAAACUGAAGAUGUUGCAGUUGAUAGUGAUGAUGACGACUCAAUCCUUUUGAAUAGAACUUCACUCAAAAAAGAUAGUUUAUUCAAUGAAGAAGCCAUUGAAGAAGAUGAAGAUACCCGAAUGUCUUCCGAUCUUGGAGCUAUCAAACGACAAUUCAAUUAUGGGAACCAAGAUCUUGGAGGGCUUGAAGAAUUCGGUUUUAAACUCGGUGAACCUGAGGAAAUGCGACCGAUGAGCUCGGACAGAAAUUUGAAUGAUCCUCUCCCGCAAGUCUAUUCUGAUCCACCUGCUCCCCGAAAAGUUCUUAUUCCUGAACGAUUUGUAUCUAACAGCUCUCCAAUGGAUCUCGACGCAACACAAAGGUUUCUGAAGUAUAAUCGAUUCGGAAUUAUUCGCAGCUACGUUAACGAGGCAAAUAAAGUUUCAACGAUAGAUAUCGAGUUUCACAAUAAAAGCAUCCACGGUGAUAUUCAUAUUGACAACUUUGAAAUCAACUACGAACUCGCGGAUAUUUCGUUGAAGGUUGUUGCACUGGCAAGUGUUGAGAGCCGGAAAAAAGAGAAAGAACUUGACAAAGCAAACGACGACAUUGAAGAUCUUGAAACUGAUGAACCUGCUAAAACAGAAAAGAAAGGAACUAGUCUUCUACAUGUAAUUCCAAUUCAAGCAUUCGACAGUCAGCGGUGGUCGAUGGUUCUUCCUCGUGGAGACGGGUGUAUUGAUGUGCUUUGCUCAAAUACUCAAGUCGUUGUGCUCACGAAAAAACGAAACAUUCGAGUUUUCACUAUUGGAGGAAUUCAACGACAAAUAUUCACACAUUUCGCACCAAUUCUCACAGCUGCUUGCUUUGAAGACCGACUUGCAAUCGCUUCGGUGUGUGGAUCGGAAUUUUAUGAACAGAAAAAGACACCUCAAUGGAGAUUCGAAGUUGUAGAAUAUACUUUAAAUCCAAAAUCAUGGUAUCGAGAAAACAGACAUCAUGGUUCAACUGGAGCAGUUUCCCGAAUUGAUGUGCCUAUUGAGACUGGAGAGCAAUUAGACUGGAUCGCUUAUUCAAAUCAAGGAAAACUUGCCGUGAUGGAUUCAGCAUACACUGUACAUGUUCUAUCCGCUCCAGGUCUGUGGAUUCCUAUUUUCCAAGGCUCUUCUGCUCUGAGAGCACCUUCGGACGCAAUUUUCCCGAUUGGUCUCACAGUGAAAGAAUUUCGAUACAUCUAUUGUCGCGGAUCCCGAUCUCCCCUUGUAAAUGGAAUCAAUGCACCGACUACUGUAGAAUUCAAAGUACCAUUCUGUCAACCUGAAAGCCAUCGAACUGAAAUGGAACAUGAAAUGUUCCUCAAAGAGCUAUCGUUAGCUGAUGCAAUACUGGAACGUAAUGGUGACAGUCAUGUUGAAGAGGCAAAGACUUUAACCAAAACUAUUGUAAAACUGUUUGCCUGGCUUACAAAAACCAAUUCUGAUGGUCAAGCUGCUGAAGUUGCUGCUCUAGUGUCUGGAGGAACAUCUGCAUCCGCUAAAGCUAUUCAGAGCUUGUGUAAUUACGCCAGUAAAUGCAAAAAAGUGGCUUUGGCUGAGAAGGUUGCUGAAAUUGGACGUCGACUGACAGAAGAUGAUGAUGAUCGUAGCUGCAAUGACACUGAAAUUUGGCCAACAAAGCGGAUUGCAUUAGCAGCAAGAAAAGCACAGAAGGCUCCUAGCCCAACUGUUGAAUCAUUGAAUGAAGAUCAAACGAAUGAUGGAGACGAAUCUUCUUCUCGUUAUAAUCUAAAUAUGGACGUCUCUAUGAUGUCUCAACCUGUUCAACCAUUGGAACGGCUUGCAAAAAAUCCGUUUGCCAAAGGUUCUGAUACUUCUAAAAUUGAUUCAGCUGCUUCUUCGCAGGCAUCAUUAUCUAUCUUCGAUCAACUUGAAAGCACAUCAAAUGACCAAAGGAAACGGGCUCGCGAACCUGAGACAGUCACAAGCACGAAUCAAACUGUUCGUAAACAGGCCAAACUUAAUUUCGGUGGAACUCAGCAGUCUGAUGAGAAGAAAAAGAAAACGUCAUCAAAAAAUUCGGAUCUUGGUCAGAAAGGAAAAGAAAAUGAAGCAGAAACACUUUGUCCAAUCGAAGAGCCCGCGAAAAAAAGUGUGAGUCCGUACGAGAUGUGGCUGACGGAGUCGAAAAGCAGCCUUGAGUUUGACUUUGAUGGCGAUAAUGCUGAUUUUUCAAAGUUCUGCAUUCAAACGUUCCGCGCACUGAGUAAAAAUGAAAAAGAAGAAUGGAAAGCAAAAGCACUGACUGCUGCUGCUCAAGACUAAUUGCAAUUUGCUUGUUACUAUUUUGAUUCAAUUUGUACCAUAUAAAUUUGACUACGUCA